AUGUAAGAAUAUAUCUUGGUUAAUUUUUCUAAGUCUGUUGAAAAAAAUUAAGACUGCAUUAAAAUUUCUAUAAAAGACUCUGGAUAAGUCAAUUUAACUCAAAGAGUUUCAGACUCACUUAAAAUAUCAAGCGAUCUUCAUUCGUUUAAUAUGCAAAAAAUAUCUCUUUUUGUUACAGAGCAAAUUGUACAAAAGCUAGGGCCUGAAGGUUAAAAGAUUCGUACAAGUAAUAAAAAGUCUUAAAAUAAAUGCUCAUUUUUAGUGAAUAUAAAUUCUCUGUAAAUGUAAAUGGAAUAAGCCAAAUAAGUUUAAAAAUAAUAAAACUAAAACCUUAUUUCUGAUAUCAAUGACUAUGGAUUUAAGCUUAGUUCAAGAAAUUAUGAGUCUUAAAGCAAAAUCUUUUUAACAACAGAAAAUAAUGACGCAGAAUCUCCUCAUCAUAAUCAAAAAGUAAAUGAAACCAUAAUAGUAAAUAAAUAAAUAAAUUUUGCUAGAUGCAGCAUUUAAUCAGACGCCGCCUGUUAAGUUCCUAAUGAAAAUUUGACUCCUAAUUAAAUAAAUUCUGUUUUAGUUCCUAAAAGUAACUUCCAAAAUUCAUUUAUCAUAUCAAACUCGUAGAAUUCCCCAAUAGGUCAUAAAAUGGCUGCUAAAUCUAUACAAUUUGUAAAUUCUCCUUAAAUAAUUGAGGAUGAAAGCAGAUUUAAUAAAAGUUAACUAAAUCAUCUUGUCAGAUAUCAUAAAGAUAUUAAUUAAUCUUAUGAUAAAUAUGCAUAUGAUCAUAAUGAUUCACAUUUAAAGUUCAAUGACCGAGAAAUCUCAAUUAAUCAAAUAAGCUUAAUAACUGAUUACAGAGAUUUUCAUCAUCACGCAAUUAAUGAUAACAAUGUUACAUAGCAUACAACUAACAUAAUUUAAGAAGCUCUAUCAAAGCAAGGAGAUUCAAUUAAUUAAAAAAUAAUUUCAAAAUAAAAUUCUAAUUUAUCUAAAAACGAUUGA